AUGGGCACCAACAAUGAGUCUGAGCUGCCGACGAUGAGGAGUACAUCAAGCGAUUCGGUACAGAAAGGAAGUCCGAUCAAUCGUACUCCGACAUGGCAUGGUUAUGCCUUUCGAAAAAGGAAGAUGAGGAUCCAGACUUUUGCAAAGUAUUGUCCGUUGGUCAGCGCUAUCCUCGCUCCACUGGCAACACUUCUCGACAUACCGGCAUUGACUCAACAUUGGUAUGCGCAAAACGGAACUCCUCAACCUGAUCCUGAAGCUUGUCUUAUUCUCUCUGCCAUAGGUUUAGCUCUCAACAUACUUGCCAAUAUCUUAUUGAUAGUGCGCUUCUCAUCUAAGAGUCCUUGGUGGUGGAGACAUUCUACCAGAUGGUCUUUGAUUUUCUGGGUAGGUAAAACGAUUGUGGCAGUGGUCAAUCUCAUCAUAUUUGGUAUACUUUCAAGAAAUGAAGCUGGCUAUAGUUAUCUGGAAGGAUUUUGGUGUGCGGUCAUAUCAGUCAUUGAUGCUGGAAUAAUAUCAAUCACGUUAUUAUUUCACUAUUUUUUCGCAUUCGGAAAAGAAGAACAUGACCAAUCUGAUAUAAGAUCUGAAGGACGCAGAUUCAUGUUAUCUGUCACCACGUUUAUAUCAAUCUUAGCGGUUCAAUCAUUAGUUUUCGCGAAAAUAGAAGGAUGGUCUUAUUCUGAUGGAAUCUACUUUUCGACUCAAGUGGCUCUUACAAUUGGAUAUGGUGAUUUCGUUCCAACUAAAACAGCAACUAAAAUAUUAGUGUUCCCAUUUUCGGUGCUCACGAUAAGUCAAUUGGGUAAUGAAAUCGCUUUGAUUAUUGGUUUUAUCAGUUCAAGGGCUGAACAUAGGAGAGAAAAAUGGAGAAAGAAAUAUGAAGGUGCAAUGCAUCAAGAAGCAAAUAAAAUGAGACCUAGAGCAGGUCUAAUAGCUGAAAUGUCGUUAAUUCAUAAAAUAUCACAACGGGAAGAUUUGACGAGUCAGAUGUACGAUCUGUUAUGGAGUUUACUGUCACUUCUCGUUUUCUGGGCCAUAGGAGCUACUUUAUUUUCUCAAAUAGAAGGAUGGCCAUGGGGCGAUGCGGUCUAUGUUGUAAUGAUUCUCAGUUUGACAAUUGGAUUCGGAGAUUUCACACCAAAACAACCCGCUGGUCGUGUGGUUUUCAUCGUUUACGCUUUAAUGGCUGUACCUGUCAUCACCUCUUUUGCGGUUCAAACUGUCACUGGUCUGCUCAGUACAUAUUCUGAAAGAGGUGCAGCUAGAGAAGCUUUCCUUGCUGAGCAACGUAGAUCACCCGAAGCUUUCGCUCCUCAUGCUGAAGUCGUGUUGAAAUACCACGAGACCUACGACCAGGCAAGGAAAAGCCUCUUGAAAGGUGAUGCAGCCUCAACGGACCAUGAUUCCGAACAAGAUGAAGAGAAGGACCACACCAAAGGCGAUGGAAGUGGAACAUCGAUCGAUCGAUCGGAAGAGCAUCUCGAAAAAUCCCAGAUCUCGAGUUCGACAUCAGAGUCCGACAAUGAAGAAGAUCUUUCGGGAAAUACAAUGACAGGAAAAAAGAGACAUGCAGGGCACAGAGGACACGGAAGACUCGGUUCUGCCGACAAAGCUCUGAGAAAAGACUAUGCCCAUGCCAGAGAUACAAUCGAACAUCGUGAAGAUGAAGCUAAGAAAUGGGAAAAAGUCAAGAUCGAGCAUGAGAACCAUGACGAUGAUAUCUCUGAAAGUGAUCAAAAGGACCAAUCUACUCAAUCAUCUCCUGGAAAAGGGAAAUCAUCGAAACGAUCACCGAAAAAUCGAGAUAUGAUAAAAGAAGAAGUAGAUGAUGAUACAGACGAACCAGAAGAAAGGAAUUUAGAGAUUGAUCUAUUGAAGCAAUUGAUGAGGAAAACUAUUCAACUUGAAGCUGAAGCCAGACAAAUGUUACUAGACAGUAUGGAUAAGAGUGUAGCCAGAACUUUGUUGUUGGCUGAUAGGAAUGUUCAAGCAAGAGAUGUUCGAGCAUUGAAAGGAGAUGAUAAAGACAUAAUGGCAAUCUGGCAGGAUGAAUCAAAUAAAAACAAGUCAUCUAAAAGAGAAGCAAGUGAAGCGAUUGAUGAAGAUGAUCAAAAUGGUACAGCGCAAUCUAAGACUCAAACGAAAGGUGAACUGGAUCUAGUGACUCGAGUCAACAGAUAUCGAAAUACCUUCGCGGAAGUAUUAGUCAUUGGAAGUGUCUUGCAACAUCUCGAAGGAGAAGAAAAAGAAAGAUUCGAAAGAUGGAGAGAAUUCAGGGUGGAACAAGCUGAGGAUCGAGAACAAGAUCGGACAAAAGGAAAAGAGAGAGUGAAUCAAGAAAAUGAAGCAGAUUUGGAAGCAAAGGAUAUCAACGAUGUCGCUGAUAAGAAAUGGGAUGGUUUGAGUUCACGAUUGGCUAAAAGAUGGGUGAGAAAAGUCAGGAAAGAAGAAUGGAGUAAAUGGGAUACUGUCUAA